CUUAUUAUCUAACUGUGAUAUUUUUUGUGUGCCUCUAAUAAUUAUUCUUUCGACAACAAGUGUGAACUCACUACAUUACAAUGAUUUACAUUUUAAUGUUUGUAUUAGGAAUUCUGUUUAUUCGAAAAGGGACACCAUUAAAAUAUUUGAGUUCAUCUGAUCUCAUCAGAUCUGAAGGCUACACGUGCGAAAUCCACGAAAUCCACACGACCGAUGGUUACAUUUUGGAAAUCCAUCGGAUACCGCCAAAAGUGCACAAACCCAACUUGAAACCAGUUUUGUUGGCGCACGGUUUGCUGUUUUCCUCAUCGAUGUACGUAAUUAACGGCAGGAACAGCUUCGCCUUCUACCUUGCCGAUUUAGGAUAUGAUGUGUGGAUGUUCAAUCACAGGGGUAACAGCAUUUCCAGGAAACACGAGAAACUCGACUACACGAAGGAUAGGAAGGAGUUUUUUAAUUAUACACUGCACGAAAUUGCAACGUACGACUUGACUGCUACAAUCGAUUAUGUACUUGAAAGAACGGGUUUCAAAAAAUUAAACUAUGUGGGUUAUUCUCAAGGAGGCACAAUAAUGUACAUAAUGAACUCAAUGAAACAGGAAUACAACGAAAAAAUAUCCAUUGCCAUUAUGGUUGCAACAACAUCGAUUAUGAGAAACGUUUAUAAUCUUUGGAUUAAAGUUUUGUCGUCCAUUUGGGCACCUAUUGAGGGUUUUUGUGACGAAAUGAAAAUAUACACUGUUCCAGGACUCAGCACCUUCCGUAGAUUCUUCAUUCGUUUCUCAGACCCAGGUUGGAUUAGAGAUUGGAUAACGUUGCCUUUGCAUUGUAAGACGUUUAUGACCCAACACGUCGACGAGUCACUCCUUCCGAAACUUUAUUAUUAUUUUCCCACCCCCCCAAGCAUGAAGCAAUUGUUUCACUAUUCGCAGUUUAUUAAAACGGGAAAGUUCCGCCAAUACGACUAUAGGAAAGAAGAAAAUUUAAAAAGGUACAAUUCGGAAGAGCCUCCUACAUACAAUCUUAAAAAUAUAACAGUCCCCAUCGCUAUGUAUUUCAGUGAUUCUGACACAAUUGCUACAGAAAAGGAUAUGCAGAUUGUAUCAUCUCUACUUCCUAACGUUAUAUAUUACAAAAACGUACCUUCGUAUCAACACGCUGAUUUUUUUAAUGGAGUUGAUCAAAUAGAAGAUUUAUACAAAGAUUUUAUACAAUUUUUAGAAAAUUAUUAAUAAAAAUUAUAUAUGCAAUUAAUAAUUAUAAAUAAAUCAAAUACAUUUUUAAAAGAA